GGCAAUAUAUCAAGUGACAGUGAGUCAAGCAAAGGAAGACCACACCCCUCCUACUCCUAGACCACAACGUUGCUACACUCAUCAACACUGACUACUCACCGGAAUCUGACGUGUCUCGCCUGGAAAAGCUUACGCCAUCAUGGAUGUUGACUUCUGGACCUCCAGAGUUCUCUCUUCCAAGAACUUAUCUGCUGUCCAAGCUGCUAGUCGCAAUUCUGACAAUCAUUUGGCAAUGGAUGAUUCAGAUGGAGAUGACAAUUCAAGAGCUUACUUUCCAUGCCCCUUCUGCUAUGUGGAGAUUGAAGUUCAUCUGUUCUGUAGCCAUCUGCUGGACGAACACUGCUUUGAUUUAAAAAAUGCAGUCUGUCCUCUUUGCGCAGCAAAUCUAGGGAAAGAUGCUAUUGGACAUUUCAUAGUGCAGCAUGCAAGUUCGUUGAAGCACAGAAGAAAACAUAAAAAAUCUGGCCUUUGGACUGGUAGUUCAGCUAUGCUUGGCAAGGAUCUGAGCUCAUUUCUUGGAUCUUCAACCAAUAGUAGGACUAACACACAUGAAUCUGCUCCCGAUCCACUCCUUUCACCAUUUUUGGGCAAUCUUUCCCGUUCAGACCCUAGACAAAGCCAGCAUGAUGAACCUUUCAACAUAAGUGCCUCUCAUUCAAAAAGCUCUGGGAUGUCUUCACUUGAUAGAGGAAGUCAGGUGGACUAUGAAGAGCAGAGACAGAAAUCAACAUUUGUACAACAGUUGAUUGCAUCAACGAUCUUCUAGAGCUUUGCUACCAGUGAUGCUGUAUCAAGGGACACAAGUUCUUAGUGCUGGUGCAUGAUCUUAGGGUGCCGCGUAGUUUCCACAUGAUAAGUGCUAGAAAGUCUUCGAUCAAGUGCAUAGUGCAUAUAUUUUGAGUGUAUAUAGGCAGCCUCUUUAGAAGCUGCAUGCAUUCUGUCAUGACCAUUUACAGAGAACUCUUCUAGUCUUAAUACUAAGCUAAUUCUUCCCUUUAUAGUACAAGAACACGAGUUUAAGUAGUUAAUAAUAGUGUUUACUUCUGAGGCGCAAAAA